AAUAAAAAAUGUGUGUUUGUUUAACCACCCCACCCACCCUAAAACAGAUUGCGUGAAUUGAGCCACUCUGGACCCACGUGAACUCAUAUGUGGAUGUGUGUCUCGGUCAACUCCCACUUGCAAACGCCAAUCCGGAGUCGGUACAGUUACUUACAAUAUUUUUCAGGCAUUUGUAUUCCUUUCUCAACUUCUUUAUCUAACAAUGAGGUACGACGUUUUUCUAAGCUUUCGAGGUGAAGAUACUCGUUAUUCUAUCACCGAUCAUCUCUACGAUAGAUUAUUGAGGGCAGGACUUCGAACUUUCAGAGAUAAUGAUGCAAUCGACAGAGGCCAAGAACUCAAGCCCGAAAUCGAGACCGCAAUAAUCGAAUCGAGGGCUUCUGUAGUUGUAUUGUCCGAGAAAUACGCCAAGUCCAGAUGGUGUCUUGAUGAACUUUGGUUGAUCUUAGAACAAAGGAGGAAGUGUAAUCAUUUUGUUUUACCUGUUUUUUAUCAUGUUGAUCCAUCGGAUGUUAGGAACCAAACACGAAGUUUUGCUAUAGAAGGGUCAAAAUGGAUAUUGGAUGAUGUGAGGCGGUGGAAGGCAGCAUUAACAGAGGUUGCUAAUUUGACUGGCUUGGUUCUUUCAGGGUCUGAAACGGAAUUUAUUGCAAAAGUGGUUCACACAGUCAGUUGUAAACUAGACUUGAAACAUCUUAGCACUCCAGCCCAUCUAACUGGAAUGGAGACUCGAGCUGAAGUUAUCAGUUCAUGGUUGAAAGAUGAGCAAUCCAAUACAAACAUUCUAGCAAUUUGUGGCAUGGGAGGUAGUGGCAAGACAACAAUGGCCCAAUAUAUUUAUAACUCACACAAGCAAAAUUUUGAAAGCAACAGUUUUCUUGAAGAGAUUGGAAAAUACUACAAACAACCUUGUGGUCCGAUUGGGCUACAAAAACAACUUCUCAGAGAUGUUUUAGGGGAAAGGAAGAUAAUGAUAUCUGUUGCUUCUGAAGGUACACGUAAGAUUGAGAACGCCUUGCAAAUGAAAAGGGCACUUAUAGUUCUUGAUGACAUCGAUGACCCAGACGAAUUGAACACUUUACUUGGAACAAAUUUGUUCCCUACUGAAUGCAAGAUCAUAAUAACAACAAGACUUCUAGAUAUACAAGCAUGGUUUCGAUCUAUAUCUUUGAGGUGUUGGGUGCACAAACUCAAAUUGUUGAAUGAUCUUGAAUCAUUAGAGCUUUUAAGUUGGCAUGCUUUUGGAUCCAAAACUCCUAUGGAAGGUUUUAAGGAGCUCGCAAUGCAAUUAUCAAAGUAUUGUGCAGGAAACCCCCUAGCUCUUAAAGUAUUAGGUUCUUCUCUAUAUGUUAGUGAUGAAGACCCAUGGAGGAGAAAUAACAUGACAGAAAUUUGGAGAAGUAUGACAAAUGCAUUGAUUUCGUUGAAAGGAGAUCUUCAUUCUAAAAUCCAAGGUGUACUACAAAAGAGCUUUGACUCCUUGCCACUUGCCAGUCAUAAAGAGUUGUUUCUGCAUAUUGCUUGUUUCUUUGUUGGCGAAGAUGAAGAAGACGUCAUAUCGAUAUUAGAGGAUGACUUGCAUGCAAAAUCUGGGAUCGUGACCCUCAUUAAUAGAUGCCUUCUUACUGUUUCACCUGGUGGUGAACUGAUGAUGCAUCAAUUGCUUCAAGAUAUGGGCAAAAAAAUAGUUUGCGAAGAGUCCAAAGAUCCUGUAAGACGUAGUAGAGUCUGGCAUGAUGAUGAGUCUUACCGUUUGUUGAAAAAAGGAGAUGGUUCGGAUACAAUUGAAGGUCUGGCACUCGACAUGCGAAAGGUUGACCAAGGGAUGAGAUCAGAGGUGUUGCCUCUUAAAACAAGUGCGUUUAAAAACAUGGACAAACUAAAAUUGCUCCGGCUCAAAUAUGUGAAACUCACUGGGUCCUACAAGAACUUUCCGGAGUUAAGAUGGUUGUGCUGGCAUGGAUGUAAUUUAAAAACUAUACCCUCUGGCUUAUUCAUGAGCAGCUUGGUAGCUAUAGAUAUGAGUUAUGGACACAUGGAAAAGUUUGAAGCCCCCAUGGUUCUUAAUUCACUCAAGAUACUAAAUCUUAAACAGUGUGGCAAACUUGUCAGCAUCUGCAAACUCAGCCUGCUCCCUAAGCUUGAGACUUUGAUCCUCCAGAGCUGUAGUAGUCUGACUCAUGUUUGUAAAACCAUAGGAGACCUUGAGAGUCUUGUUCUAUUGGAUUUAUCAGGGUGCACCAAACCAUGGAAGGCUUUACCGAGCAAAAAAUAUGUGAAUCAACAUGGUGGAGGAAUUCCAGAACAGCCAUUGUUGCUUUUCUUGCCCCCGUCGUUAAAGAGUUUAUAUCUUGCAAACUGCAAUCUUGAUAAUAACAAUCAUGAUCGUGUGGUAUUCCAUGCCCAAUCGUUAUUUAACUUGAGUUUAAGGGGUAAUCUAUUUGAGUACAUGCCUAAUAACAUCGAUCUUAAAAUGCUUCGGUUGCUAAACCUGUAUUCUUGUCCAAACCUGAAGUCUCUUCUAUGUCUCCCAAGUACGCUAGAGGAAUUGUGUAUAGAUUGGUGUACAUCGCUAGAGAGAAUAACAUUCCAAUCAGGUCGUUUCAGUCUGCGGGAGUUUGGAUAUAAAGGCUGUUUCAAACUAUCUGAAAUUCAAGGGCUUUUCAAAUUAGUGCCCGUAGCAAAAAUUGAUGAAGCAGAUCUGGGUCACAUGCAGUGGAUCAAAGCAUAUCAAGAUCAUAAGGUGGACCUUGUCGGUGAUGAUAUUACUAAAGGCAGAGAUAGGCGUAUCCAGAUGUUGUAUGAAUAUGGUAUAAUGAGCACCUAUCUACAAGGCAUAAAGGAUCAAAGCAUGACAACAUAUGAAUAUACUUCAUCAUCUGCAUCCUUAUCCUUUCGUGUGCCUUUGCAUCAAAAGAAAGACAAGAUUCAAGGUUUAAGUGUGAGUUGCUUAUACAGAUCAUCAGGCUACAAGGAUACCGAUUGGUGGAUAUUGUUGGCCAAAGUCAGCAACACAACCAAGGGUCUUACUUGGAUAUACAACCCUGUGGUCUACUGCAAACCCAGUGUUGAUGAAGAUGUUGUGUGGUUAAGCUACUGGCCAAUUGGAAACAUAUUAGACGUUGGCGAUGAAGUCACUAUAGAUAUCUUCUGGGAGAAAGGAAUGAUGAUAGUAAGCGGGUGUGGUGGCAGCCUUGUGUAUACAGAUGAUGAUGAUGAAAUUAAGGAAGAAGAAAACUGUGAAAAUACCACGAUCAAAGGGAAAGAAGUUAUUGGUGGAGAUCUGUCUGAAUUCGAGGUGACUACAGGGGGCUACUAUCUUUGCCGCCGUGAUUUCUUUUACUCCGAUACCUCAUAUCGGUUGAAACUGUUGUUUGGUGACAAUGUUCACUAUACAGAUUCGUUAGGAUGGAGGAAAACUCGUGAGUCAGGGCUAUCUUGGGUGCUGAAAAGUUACAUAGACGCCUAUCCCAAAGAAAUUGUGCUGGGAGUUGACUUUAACAGUGAAAGUGAAAUAAACAAGAUAGAGAAGGCGGUAUCUAGCGUUGAGGGAGUUGAAUAUGUUUCCACUCGCAAAGAAAUAAAACGAUUAAUUGUCGUAGGACAUGCUGAUCCUAUAGCAGUGGCAACUUGUGUAAGAGAAUUUGAGAACAUGGUUGAUAUUUUAUCCGUUAAUUAUGGUCACUAUUCGGAGUCCAGGUCGAGGAAGAGGUUACACAAUGGGUAAAGGUGUCGCCAUGCCGGUACAUGUUAUUGCUGGUCUGGAGUUCAACCCUGCAAAGUGCCAAAGAUGUUGAUUGGCAGUGGUCGAUGUGAAUCUUCCUAAAAUGUAUUCAUAAUUCAAAAUCCUCCCAAAUCAUUGUAUUUCAGAUAUUAGGUUGUCACUUGUCAUUGUAAUAAUAUAGUAAUUUCUUCCAAUUUCAGAUACUAGCGUUAAGUUUAGUAUUCAGUUUAUUAA